AUGUUUCUGGUAGAAUUCCAGUUGAUAUGCGACAUUAGUGGUGUGGAUAAUCCCUAUCCACUAGCUGUCUGGGAUACUUUAGAGGAAGAUGUUUAUAAAGUUUGCCAGCCCAUUUUGGCCGACGGCAGUAGUUGCAACAAUGCAUUGAAUGUAGGACGCUAUGUGGAGGAUUUUACUUGCUCUGGAAGUGCCACUCCACGUAUGCUCAAGCAUAUGCGUCUUUCCUUCCCCAGUGCGCAUGCCAGCUUCGCGUGCUUCACUAUGAUUUACAUGGCGAUAUAUUUGCAGAAGCGCAUGAGUUGGGAACGUUGCAAGAUGGUUAAACAUUUCAUGCAAUUUCUGCUCGUUAUGUUCGCAUGGUACACUAGUUUGACACGUGUUUCCGAUUACCAGCACCAUACGACGGACGUAUUAGCUGGUUCGACGAUCGGUGCUUUCUAUGCGGUUCUCAUGACGCGGACAAUGUGGUGAUCAGUUGUCCAAGUAUUUGCAACUAAUGUACCAAACGCCGUAGGCUAUGGAACUUUCAAAAAGCUGUUUAUGUGCAAAUUUAUAUUUUGCAAGUGUGAAAUAAUAACCACCAUUAAUUUUGAAUUGUAAUAGAAUACAGUUAAUCGAAUAAAUAAAUGUUUUAAUUACUUUA